AGUCCGUGACGUACUCACUGUAAACAGGAAGUAGAGACCGUUAGGUAAGAAGAGCAGUUUGGCAGCAAUUUUCUAUCUGUGUAUCUUCUCCCCGAAAAACAGAUUUUCUGACCUGAGAGUGAGUCAUGGGUAAAAGCUGUAAGGUGGUUGUGUGUGGCCAGGCUGCAGUUGGUAAAACAGCUGUACUGGAACAACUACUGUAUGCCAAUCAUGUUGCAGGCUCAGAGCCUAUGGAGACCCUGGAGGAUAUCUACAUCGGCUCCAUAGAAACUGACCGUGGCACACGGGAGCAGGUGCGCUUCUAUGACACCCGUGGACUCCGGGAUGGGAUGGAGUUUCCUCGACAUUACUACACUUUUGCAGAUGGCUUUGUACUCGUCUACAGCAUCGACAGCAAAGAGUCCUUUAAGCGGAUGGAGGCCCUCAAGAAGGACAUCGACCGUCACAGAGACAAGAAAGAGGUGACCAUCGUUGUGCUCGGUAACAAGCUCGACAAGCAGGAUGAGAGGAGAGUUGACUCUAACAUGGCCCAGAACUGGGCGAAGAACGAGAAGGUGCGUCUGUGGGAGGUGUCGGUGGUGGAACGGCGCACACUGAUCGAACCCUUUGUCUACUUGGCCAGCAAGAUGACCCAGCCCCAGAGCAAGUCCACUUUCCCUCUCAGUCGCAAUAAGAACAAGGGCAGUGGCUCUACAGACAGCUGAAUGACCGGACACUGUUGUCAUGUUCAAGAGGGAGGAAACAGGGAGAAGAGGUGUGUUAAAGGGAACUUAGUUUUGCUAAAAAACUAUUUUGAUAUUAUGAAGGAUUGAGGUAGUAAGAGUUGUGAUGAUGAGAAAAGGCAGGAUGAUUGUAUGAAUAUUUAUAUACAGUGAGCACUGUUGGUAUUAAUAUAGCAUCCAUAUUUCAUGUUUUGGUGAAAUACUAAUUAUAAAUGAGUAAAAAUGCUGAUCUUUUAUCAGCUAAGAAAUUGAAGGAUGCAAAGUGUUUUUGUUUGUCAUUCCCAUUUUAUUAGUUUGGAUUAUGGUCAAACUAUUCAUCCACAUAAUUACCGCUGUUGACAUCAGCAGUCAUAUUUCGACCUACAUUAUGUAGUUCUUAAACUACUGACAAUCAACAUUUUUAUCUCAGUUUAUACUUAAACAGUCCGGCGUUACAAGAUAUCAGAGACUCAUGGUGCUCACUGCAUAGCUAAAUUAUUAAUCAUAUACACUGGCUACUAUUUUAUUUACAUGUGCACUACAUGUAUACACAGAUUGAAUCAGAAAUGGCAGCAGCUACUCAUGUAACCUAAUUAUUGCAUCACACAAAUGCUGAAUUUCACAUGUUGUAAAAGAUUUAUAGGUGAUUGUUUUAUUGAUACAUUAUUGAUGAUGUGCUGUUUGUUGAUCUGGAGAUUUGUUACACUAUACUUGUUCUUUGCUGAGAUUCACUGUUAGAUGUUGUACAGUGAGUGAUUGACAUUCCUAACCACAUAUUGCCUUCUGUACAGGCUGUUGAAAUUUAAAUAUGAGAUAAAUGAUGUUCAGAUGAAAGAUGGUUUCUGCAGGUUCAGGUGCUACUUUUUUUCUGUUUGUGACACAUUAAAGACAUAGAGCACUCUAAAUAGUAAAACGUCAUAGCAUUAAGUCAUCAUAUAAUCAGUUACAGUCACUGCUGGAGUUGAAGCUGGUAUAGUUUUUACUAAGCUGUAAAAUAAAACCCAGAAGUUAUUCAUUAGUCGACAAUUGAACCGUUUCUUCAGGGUGCAACAUGAGUCAAAAAUAUGAGCAUUAUUUGUUUAAUUGAAAAGGGGAAAUUUGUAUGCAUGUGUUUGUGCCUCAACACUAUGUAUCAUACAUGCAACGUUUUUUGUGAAUAUCAGGCUUUUAUGUAUUAAUAUCCAUAAAUGUGUUCACUUGAUAUUUGUUUGCAUGUUUUGUAAACAAAUUAAAGAUUUCUUUCUGUGCCUAAAAA